GAUGGGGAUGAUCGACACCUGGCUGGAUCAGCACCGUCCGAUUUACGAGGCGGCUACUCGCCAUCCCUUCAUCCUCGCCAUCCGCGAUGGAUCCGUCCACCUCUCGUCCUUCAAGACCUGGCUGGUACGGAAAUCAUAACAAAAAACCGGCAAGCAGUCGGAGUACCGCUGACGAAAACGACGCGUUGUUGCAGGGGCAAGACUACCUGUUCGUGAGGGAAUUCGUGCCGUUCGUGGCGAACGCGCUGAUCAGAGCCGGCAGGGAGUCCGGUGAGAGCUCCGACAUGGAAGUUGUGUUGGGAGGUCUGUCGGCGUUGAACGAUGAGAUCGAUUGGUUUAAGAGCGAAGGUUCGAAGUGGGGUGUUGACUUCUCGACCGUUCUUCCUCAAAAGACCAACCAGGAUUAUUGCAGGUUUCUGGAGAAACUAACGGAGAAAGAAGUGAAGUACUCAGUGGUGAUGACAGCGUUCUGGGCGAUUGAGGCGGUGUACCAAGAGAGCUUCGCUCACUGUCUGGAAGAAGGAAACAGAAUUCCGCCGGAGCUGGCCGGAGCUUGCCGGCGUUGGGGCAACGAUGGCUUCCGACGGUACUGUUCCUCGGUCAAGGCCAUCGCCGACCGGUGUCUGGAAAACGCCUCCGGCGACGAUCUCGCCGAAGCGGAGGCAGUUUUCGUUAGUGUUCUUGAACACGAGAUCGCCUUCUGGGACAUGAGCCGCGGAAUAUGAAUCUUUCUAAGGUCAUUUCCGUGUUCUUUAUGCAAACUUCGGCGUUUGUCAUCGUUGUGUGUUCGUUCUUUUUUCUCUUUUGAACCCAUUUUUCUUUUCUUUUUUUUUUUCUUUUGUCAAAAACCUGCAAAGAUAUGGACUGAAUCCACAGAUUACAUGAACAGAUUUGACAUUUCA